AUGUCGUUUACAGGUGUGCAGAAAUCCGUGUCCCUUCGCAAGGACUACGGUGGCAAUUGCAAUGUCAAACUAUGGACCCAAUUCAAGUGUGAACUCGGGACCGGUGCGAGUGCCACCAUUACGGUGGAGGAAAUCACCGACUUCGCGGAGUUCCUGGUGUCCAAGCCCUACUUGUCCGCGGUAAAUUACCUCGGGGCUGCGGUUGGCUAUGAAGCGAGCCGCAACAAGCUGCAGGAGUCGGUGCAUUUCGAGCGACGCUAUAAGCAGCUCCGUGCCAGUGUGGUCAAGGAGCUUAGCAGGGUUCUGCCGACACAGGCCAAGGUCAUUGCAACCCGGGACAUGGUGAAGAUGCCGCAGCAGCUCCGGACCCUUUUGGUCCUACCCGUCCUUCUGGGGUGGCGGGAUGCUUCCUUGUGUGAAGCAUCCAAUGCGGAUGUCGAGCUGGUAGGCGACCGCCUCUUGGUCCAUUGCGGUAAGGACAAGGUGCAGAGAGAGAGAGAGAGCUGGAAUCAAUGA